AUGAAGCUGAAAACGAUGAUUGUGAUCCUCUGUGCAGUGGCACUAGUCUCUGCUGAUGGUGGAGGUGGAGGAGGAAAAGGAGGAGGAGGUGGAGGACAUGGAGGAGGAGGAGGAGGAUACGGUGGGGGUGGAGGAAGUGGAGGUUACGGCGGUAAAGGAGGCGGCGGUGGAGGACAUGGAGGAGGAGGAGGAGCAGGAUACGGUGGGGGUGGAGGAAGUGGAGGUUACGGUGGUAAAGGAGGCGGCGGUGGAGGGCAUGGAGGAGGAGGUGGAGGAGGCUACAGUGGUGGUGGUGGAGGAAGUGGAGGCUAUGGUGGAAAAGGAGGUGGAGGCAGCGGAGGUUAUGGUGGAAGCGAUGGUGGUGGAGGAGGUUACGGCGGAAGUGGAGGUGGCGGUGGAGGAUUUGGAGGAGGAUAUGGAGGCAGUAGCGGUAGUGGAGGCUACGGUGGGAGCGGAGGCGGAGGCUACGGAGGAAGUGGAGGCGGAGGUUACGGAGGAAGCGGAGGCGGUGGUGGAGGAUACGGUGGCAGCGGAGGAGGAGGAGGAGGAUUUGGAGGCGGUAGUGGAGGGUAUGGUCGCUGAGGAGUGCAGUUCACAAGUCAUGUACUGUAAAAGACCUCCAUGAAUAAAGCAAAUAAUUACUAAUCAUUCUUUCAAUCUCUCCCGUUUCGAAAUUUCAUUUUAGUGUGUCAGUUUCUCCAAGAUGGAAUAACAUCUCCGCAUGACAGCGUCCUCGUGACUAGAAACCUAUUAGUGUUUACUCUUUGGUUUUAGCAAUGACAAAAUAAUGAAGUUGUCAAUAAUGGAACAGUGAGAAUAAAGUCAUCAAAAUUC